AGUCGGCUCGCCGCCCACACCGGAAGUGAGCCCUUUGGAGGCGCCGCCGGGAGCUGCCACGUCUUGAGGUCUGCGUGCGGUCGCAGUCAUGGUAUCUGUAAUUAACACUGUGGACACCUCUCAUGAGGACAUGAUUCAUGAUGCCCAGAUGGAUUAUUAUGGUACCCGCCUGGCCACCUGCUCCUCAGACAGGUCCGUCAAAAUCUUCGAUGUGCGCAAUGGAGGGCAGAUCCUCAUUGCUGACCUGAGGGGUCAUGAGGGUCCCGUGUGGCAGGUGGCCUGGGCCCACCCCAUGUAUGGCAAUAUCCUGGCAUCCUGCUCCUAUGACCGGAAAGUCAUCAUCUGGAAAGAGGAGAAUGGCACCUGGGAGAAGACUCAUGAGCACUCGGGACAUGACUCCUCAGUGAACUCUGUGUGCUGGGCUCCCCAUGACUAUGGCCUGAUCCUGGCCUGUGGGAGCUCGGAUGGGGCCAUCUCCCUGCUGACCUACACAGGCGAAGGCCAGUGGGACAUGAAGAAGAUCAGCAAUGCUCACACUAUCGGCUGCAAUGCCGUCAGCUGGGCCCCUGCUGUUGUACCCGGAAGCCUCAUAGAUCAGCCAUCAGGGCAGAAACCCAACUACAUAAAGAAGUUUGCUUCUGGUGGCUGUGACAACCUCAUCAAGUUGUGGAAGGAGGACGAAGACGGCCAGUGGAAGGAGGACCAGAAGCUGGAGGCACACAGCGACUGGGUUCGAGACGUGGCCUGGGCUCCAUCCAUUGGCCUGCCCACCAGCACCAUUGCUAGCUGCUCCCAGGAUGGCCGCGUGUUCAUCUGGACGUGUGAAGAUAUUUUGGGCAACACUUGGUCACCUAAGUUGCUGCACAAGUUCAAUGAUGUCGUGUGGCACGUGAGCUGGUCCAUCACCGCCAACAUCCUUGCCGUCUCAGGUGGAGACAACAAGGUGACCUUGUGGAAGGAGUCGCUGGAUGGCCAGUGGGUGUGCAUCAGUGACGUCAACAAGGGCCAGGGCUCUGUGUCGGCCUCCGCCGCAGAGAGCCAGCAGAACGAGCAGUGACAGCAGCCAGGCACGCAUGGCACUUCAGACAGCUGCCAAACAGCUGGGAGAACCGAGGCUCUGACAAGAUAAGCCAGUGCAGCCCAGCUCGGUUCUGCCUUAACAUGACUCUGUACAGCUUGCAGUUACUGUCCAGUCAGAAGCAUUCAUGAGAAGAAACUACAGGGACUUCAGAUCUACUAUUUAAAAAUAUUGGGGGCCAUUUUUAUUGUGCCUUGGGUUCAGGCUUUAUAUGAGGGUGUUGUUUCCAAAAUAAAUAAAAUGGUAUUG